AUGGUAGAACGUGUUGAAUCAAAGGCUGUGACUGUGAACUGUUGCUCUAGAAAAGGUCAUACAUCUGUUCGAAAGCUGCUGCCCGCCUUGGUAUCAUGUGAGCCUCCUACAGCCUGCACGCCGGCCUCUGCAGACGGCUGUCCGCGCCCCGGCAGUGGGCCCCAGGGAGACUGUGGCCACACCCCUGCCACUGCUGCGCCGCCCACGGCCAGCCGCACUGCUCCUCCGCCAGAUGACUCUGCCGUCUCUCGCCUGCGGAGCCUUCCUGAAAAGGAGAAGAACAGCAGGCUGAUGCAGGCUGCGAAGGAGGAUUCAGUCGGCGAGCUGCAGAUGCUGCUGGCAGCUGGUGCAGACGUGGGGGCGAGAGAUGAGAGCGAGGACAGUUACACCGCCCUGCACUGGGCAGCAGUGAAGGGACAUGAGAAGGCAGCGAGGUGCCUGGUGGAGGGUGGAGCAGACGUGGACGCCAGGGGCAAAGACUGGCAGGAGACGCCCCUGCACAGGGCUGCGCACUUUGGCCACGAGGCUGUGGCGCGGCUGCUGCUGGAGGCAGGGGCGGAGGCUGAUGCCAGGAACAAAACGAAGAGCACGCCCCUGCUGCUAGCUGCAGAGAAAGGCCACGCGGAUGUGGUGCGGCUGCUGCUGGCGGCCACUCCUUACCACAGCGCCAGGAAUCAGUUUGGGGGAACGCCGCUGCACUACGCGGCUGAGAAUGGCCACACAGUGGUGGCAUCUGCACUGCUCGAGGCUGGAGCCGACCGCUGGGCCAAGAACAACGACGGGAAAACCCCACUGGACCUCUCCAGGCAGAAAAACCACCAGCAGCUGAUAGACAUGCUAAGCGCGCCGGCCUCUGCAGACGGCAGUGAGCCGCAGGGAGACCGCGGCCGCACCCCUGCCACUGCUGCGCCGCCCACGGCCAGCCGCACCGCUCCUCCGCCAGAUGACUCUGCCGUCUCUCGCCUGCGGUACAUUGACGAUGCCCAAGAGGUUGAUUUCAUCCGUAAGGCUGCAGUAAUUGGCAGAGAGCUCCAUCGUUUGAAUGUAGGCAUUGCGGGACUGCAGGAGACGCGGCUUCCAGACGCGGGCUCUAUCAGGGAGGAUAAUUACACAUUCUUCUGCCAGGGGAAGCCUCAAGACGAGCCAAGACUUCAUGGUACACAGAAAGCGGCAGAUUCUGGGGAUGCUAAGGCAAUGUACGAUGGUAUUAAGAAAGCAUUUGGACCAACUGUCAGAAAAACAGCUCCUCUGAAGUCCAAGACGGGUGAAGUCGUUACUGAUGAAGGCAACCAAAUGGAACGCUGGGUUGAACACUACCUCGAGUUGUAUGCAGCCGAGAAUGAAGUUAGCAAGGAUGCAUGUGACGCCAUCAAACAAAUGCCAGUUAUGGAAGAACUAGAUGCAAUGCCUUCUAAGGAAGAACUCAGUAGAGAAAUAGAUUCCCUUGGUAACGGAAAGGCCCCAGGUGAAGAUGGGAUCCCUGCAGAGGUUAUUAAGUAUAACAAGAGCCUUCCUGAAAAGGAGAAGAACAGCAGGCUGAUUCAGGCAGCGAAGGAGGAUGCAGUCACCGAGCUGCAGACUCUGCUGGCAGUUGGUGCGGACGUCAGGGCGAGGGAUGAGGACGAAGACAGGUACACCGCCCUGCACUGGGCAGCAGGCAAGGGACACGAGAACGCAACGAGGUGCCUGUUGGAAGGUGGAGCAGAGGUGGACGCCAGGACCAGCGGCUGGCAGGAGACGCCCCUGUACAGGGCUGCAUACAAUGGCCACGAAGCUGUGGUGCGGCUGCUGCUGGAGGCAGGGGCGGAGGCUGAUGCCAGGAACAAAACGAAGAGCACGCCAUUGCUUGCGGCUACAGAGAAAGGACAUGUGGCUGUGGUGCGGCUGCUGCUGGCGGCCACUCCUUACCACAGCGCUAGGAAUCAGUGGGGGCGAACGCCGCUGCACUAUGCGGCUCUGAACGGCCACGCAGAGGCGGCAUCUGCACUGCUCGAGGCAGGGGCGGACCGGACCACCAGGGACAGCCAGGGAAAAACCCCACUGGACUUCGCCAGGGAGAACAACAACCAGCAGAUGAUAGACAUUCUAAGGUGA